AUGGUUGUACAUAUCUUAGGUAAGGUCUUCAAGGGUAAAGAAGUCAUUAGAAUAGCUCUAGCAUCCAAGUUUUAUGGGAUUGGUGAAAAGACGGCAACUAUAGUCUGUUCGAAACUUGGAUUUUAUCCAUGGAUGAGAAUGCAUCAGUUAUCAGAGGCUCAAAUAAUGAAUAUUGCCAGUGAGUUAUCAACAAUAACCAUCGAAGGUGAAGCGCGAGCUGUUGUAAAGAGGAAUAUUGCAUUAAAGAAGAGCAUUGGUACGUACGAAGGUUUGAGACAUGUUCUUCAUUUACCUGUUAGAGGUCAACAUACUAGAAAUAAUGCAAAAACAGCUAGAAAAUUGAAUAGGUUAGAUAGACAGGGUUGA